GCAGGCCCGGGCUCUCCGACGGCUCAGAAUCCCGCCGAGCCGCGGUGCGAGACUCCAGCCGCCGAAGUGGCACCGGCGUGCUGGGACCCGAGGAGGCAUUCAUUGCUCAUCGUGAUCGGCGACAUCGGAACCGAGAGCCAGCUGAGGGCUGUGCGGGCCCACCUAGAGCAAGGGAUUCUCUCCUGGAACAUUGACCUAUCAUCUUUUGACUUGAACCAGCAGUUGAGACUCUUCAUUACUUGGCACCUAGCUCACUUCUCCUCAGAGGUUAAAGGCCAGAGGACCCUCUGCCACCAGAGUGACACCCUAGAGACCAUCGUCCUGGUAAACCCCAGUGCAGACAGCAUCAGCUCUGAGGUUUACCAUCUCCUUAGCAGCCCGUCAGCUCACAAACUACUCAUCUUAAGUGGGCAAAGUCUAGAGCCUGGGGGAGACCUCAUCCUGCAGAGUGGCACCUAUUCCUACCAAGACUUUGCCCAGGUCCUUCACAAGCCAGAGAUUGCCCAGUUGCUCAGCAACAGAGACCCUGGGAUCCAAGCUCUGCUCACUGUGUCCUGCAUAGGGGAGGGAGAUUGGAGCCGCCUGGGCUCAUCCAGUUCCCAAGAGACCCUGCAUCUCCGACUGAAUCCUGAUCCUGUGCUACCCACCAUGGAUGGUGUGGCUGAGUUCUCCGAAUACGUCUCUGAGACCGUGGAUGUGCCAUCUCCUUUUGACCUGCUUGAGCCCCCCACUUCAGGGGGCUUCCUGAAGCUUUCUAAACCUUGCUGUUACAUCUUCCCAGGUGGCCGUGGGGACUCUGCCCUUUUUGCUGUCAACGGGUUCAAUAUCCUGGUGGAUGGGGGUUCUGAUCGCAAGUCCUGCUUCUGGAAGCUGGUGCGGCACCUGGACCGCAUUGACUCGGUGCUGCUCACGCACAUUGGGGCAGACAACCUGCCAGGCAUCAACGGGCUUCUGCAGCGCAAAGUGGCAGAGCUGGAGGAGGAGCAGUCCCAGGGCUCCAGCAGCUACAGCGACUGGGUAAAGAACCUCAUCUCCCCUGAACUCGGCGUGGUCUUCUUCAACGUGCCCGAUAAGCUGCGGCUGCCUGAUGCCUCCCGGAAGGCCAAGCGCAGCAUCGAGGAGGCCUGCCUCACUCUGCAGCACCUAAACCGCCUGGGCAUCCAGGCCGAGCCUCUCUACCGUGUGGUCAGCAACACCAUUGAGCCACUGACCCUCUUCCACAAAAUGGGUGUGGGCCGGCUGGACAUGUAUGUCCUCAACCCUGUCAAAGACAGCAAGGAGAUGCAGUUCCUUAUGCAGAAGUGGGCAGGCAACAGUAAAGCCAAAACUGGCAUUGUACUGGCCAAUGGGAAGGAGGCUGAGAUCUCGGUGCCCUACCUGACCUCUAUCACUGCCCUGGUGGUCUGGCUGCCAGCCAACCCCACCGAGAAGAUUGUGCGUGUGCUUUUUCCAGGAAAUGCUCCCCAGAAUAAGAUUCUGGAGGGCCUGGAAAAGCUCCGGCACUUGGACUUCCUGCGAUACCCUGUGGCCACACAGAAAGACCUGGCUGCUGGGGCAGUGCCUGCCAACUUGAAACCCAGCAAAAUCAAACAGCGGACUGACAGCAAGGAGAGCCUCAAAGCUGCUACCAAGACAGUAGCGAGCAAGCUAGCCAAGCGGGAGGAAGUGGCAGAAGAGGGAGCCAAGGAGGCCCGCUCAGAGCUGGCCAAGGAGUUAGCCAAGACAGAGAAAAAAGCAAAAGAGCCACCUGAGAAACCCCCAGAGAAGCCUGCCAAGCCUGAGAGGGUGAGGACAGAGUCAAGUGAGGCCUUAAAGGCAGAAAAACGAAAGCUGAUCAAAGACAAGGUAGGGAAGAAGCACCUGAAAGAAAAGAUAUCAAAGCUAGAAGAGAAAAAAGACAAGGAGAAAAAAGAGAUCAAGAAGGAGAGGAAGGAGCUCAAAAAGGAUGAUGGAAGGAAGGAGGAGAAGAAGGAUGCCAAGAAGGAGGAGAAGAGGAAAGACGCCAAACCUGAGGUCAAGAAAAUUUCCAAACCAGACCUGAAGCCCUUUACCCCUGAGGUACGCAAGACCCUCUACAAAGCGAAGGCCCCUGGAAGGAUCAAGGUGGACAAGAACCGUGCUGCCCGGGGUGAGAAAGAGCUGUCUUCUGAGCCUCGGACACCCCCAGCCCAAAAGAGUGCUGUGCCACCUGCCCCUGUCAGUGGACACAGGGAGCUGGCCCUCUCUUCGCCAGAAGACCUCACACAAGAUUUUGAGGAGAUGAAGCAUGAGGAGAGGGAACAAAGGGACACAGGACUAGGAGAAAAACCACUCCCUCUCAGUACAACAGAGGAGGGACCCACAAGUGUAGCUAUGCAGGAAACGCAACCCUCUGUCCCAGGGCUGGGACAGGAAGAGCAUGUGAUGAAGGAGAAAGAGGUUGUCCCCAGCAUAGCUAAGGAACAAGGCACAAAGGACAGAGGCCCAGACAGUGGGGCUAAAACGGAGGAGAAAAACGAAACCUGUGGGGAGAAGAAGCAGAAGGAAGCAGAGAGGCUCCCAGAUAGAGCAGAAGCCAGGGAGGAAAGUGAGCCUGAGGUAAAGGAGGAUGUGAUAGAAAAGGCUGAGUUAGAAGAAAUGGAGGAGGUGCACCCUUCAGACGAGGAGGAAGAGGAAGAGACAAAGGCUGAGGGUUUUUAUCAAAAACAUAUGCAGGAAGCCUUGAAGGUCAUCCCAAAGGGCAGGGAAGCUCUUGGGGUCCGGGAACUGGGACUCCAUGGCAAGGCCACGGAGAAGGAGACCUCGUUGUUUUUAAGCAGCUUGGCUACGACUGCUGGGGCCACUGAGCAUGUGUCUUACAUCCAGGAUGAGACAAUCCCUGGCUACUCAGAGACCGAGCAGACCAUCUCAGAUGAGGAGAUCCACGAUGAGCCAGAGGAACGUCCUGCUGCACCCAGGUUCCCAGCCAGUACGUAUGACCUCCCUAGGCCUGAAGGUCCCGGCCCCUUUGAUGCUGGCCAGCCUGCAGAUGGUGCUGUUCCCGCCCCCUCAAGCAAAGGCUUUGGAGCACCAGAGACAGAACUCGCCUAUCCCCCCAACAUAGUGGCUGCCCCUCUGGCCGAAGAGGAACACGUGUCCUCGGCCACUUCAAUCACGGAAUGUGACAAACUCUCUUCCUUCGCCACGUCAGUGGCCGAGGAUCAGUCUGUGGCAUCACUCACAGCUCCCCAGACAGAGGAGACAGGCAAGAGCUCUCUUCUGCUUGAUACAGUCACAAGCAUCCCCUCCUCCCGCACUGAGGCCACUCAGGGCUUGGACUACAUGCCAUCAGCGGGAACCAUCUCACCCACCUCCUCACUGGAAGAAGACAAGGGCUUCAAAUCGCCUCCGUGUGAGGACUUCUCUGUGACUGGAGAGUCAGAGAGACGAGAGGUCAUGGGGAAAGGCUCAACUGGGAAGAGAGCUGUGGAAGAGGAAAAGGAGGAGAGGGCAAAUGUGGAGGUAUCUGAAAAACUUCGCGGUCAAUAUGGAACCCCAGUGUUUGGUGCCCCUGGACAUGCCAUACAACCAGGGGAAGCUGCCCUUGCUGAGGCUGAGGAACGCUGCCUCAGCCCAGAUGACAGCACAGUGAAGAUGGCCUCCCCUCCACCAUCUGGCCCCCCCAGUGCCACCCACACACCCUUUCAUCAGUCCCCAGUGGAAGAAAAGUCUGAGCCCCAAGAUUUUCAAGAAGAAGAAGAAGAAGAAGAAUCUUGGCAAGGUGCUAAGCAUAUACCAGGUGUAAGAGAGGAGUAUGUUGCAGAAGAGACAGUCAAGCCAGGGCCUAAAGAGGGCUCACUAGAGAAGGAAGGAAAGGAGGCUCCUUCCAGGAGUCCCCAGGCUCAGGAAGCACCUGCCAGCAUUGCUGGGGGACAUACAGGCUGCACCAUCCAACUGUUGCCAGAACAAGACAAAGCAAUAGUCCUUCAGACAGCAGAGGCAGGAGAGACUAUGGAAGUGGGAAUUGGGUUCCCAGGGCCAAUUCUGGGGCCAGAAGCACUUCCCAAGGAAUUGAGGACAUCACUCCAAGAACCUGGCGAAUCUCAGAAAGAUGAGGUGCUCACACUUCCUGACCAAAGCCUCUCCCCCGAAGACGCAGAGUCCCUCUCUAUCCUCAGUGUGGUUUCCGCAGACACUGCCAAACAUGAGUCAACCCCCCGGUCACCCUGUGGCCUGACAGAGCAGCACAUAUACACAGAACUAUGGCCAGAGUUAUCUCCAGAAGAUACCCAGUCUCUUUCUGUCUCAGAAGAGAGUCCCAGCAAGGAAACCUCUCUGGAUAUCUCUUCAAAGCAGCUCUCUCCAGAAAGCCUUGGUACCCUCCAGUUUGGGGAACUAAGCCUUGGAAGGGAAGAAAGAGGGCCUCUGAUGCAGGUGGAGGAUAUCUCUUGCCACCUAGCUCCUGUGUCCAUUCCAGAGCCCUGUGCAGCCAUGGUGUCAGCUCCACAUCCAGCAGACAGGGCCACUGGAUACUCUGUACAGGCAGAUAUCACAGAUAAAAGCCCUGAUAGGAAGCUGCCUGCCAUCUCCUCCCACUCACCCCCACCUGGAGACGGGAAGUGCUCACCUGGGCUGGUCAUAAGCCCUGGUGAGCACGUUCGGGCACCCGGUAGCCCCCUCAAUGAAAGUCCAGAGUCUUCGCCGAGCACUGCCAUGGAAGACAUUGCUAAGGACUGGGAAGAUACAGUUCCAGGGUUGAAGGACAGAACCUCUGAGCAGGAGAACAAGGAACCUGAGCCAAAGGAAGAAGCCUUACAGCAGAAAGACAAAACUCUGCAGCAGAAGUGUAUUGUUGCAGCGGAGAGGGAUACAGCCAUGUAUUGUAAAGAUGAGACUCUGGAGGGAAAGAAUAAGGUUGUGGGGCUGGAGGAUGUGGCUUUAGAACAAAAGGGCAGAAAUUUAAACCAAAAGGAUAUAGCCCUAGAGCAGAAGGAGAAGGCCUUGGAAUCACAAGACAAAGAACAAAAAGACAAAGUCUUGGAACUGAAGGAUGCAACCUCAGAAGAGAAACAUAAGGCCACAACCCUAGAACAAAAGGACACUGCCCUGGAGCAGAAGGGCAAGGCCUUGGGGGAAAAACACAAAGACUUAGAACAAAAUGAGGAGGACAGGAUUCCAGAAGAAAAGGACAAGGACACAGCUCUGGGACAGAAGGACCAAGCCCUGGAGCCAAAAGACAAAGAACAAAAACACAGCAAUUUAGAACAAAAAGAUAAGGUCUUAGAACAGAAAGACAAGAUCCCGGAAGCCAUAGAACCAAAGGAUGCAGCCUUGGAACCGAAGGACAAAGAACAAAAGCAGGGAACUUCAGAACAAAAAGACAAGGUCUUGGGACAGAAGAACAAGCUCUCAGAAGAGAAAGAGAAGACCUUAGAGCCAAAAGUGCAAGGUUUCAAACAUAAAGACAAGGCCCCAGAGGACAAGGUUCCUGAGCCAAAGGACGAAGUUCUAGAGCAGACAGGUGAAAUCCCUGAACAUCAAGACAAAACCCAGGAACAGAAGGAUGAGGUCUUCAAAAAGAAAGAUCAGGCCUUAGAACAAAAAUACUGGGCCUUAGGAAAGAAGGAUGAAGCUCUAGAAGAAAAUAAGAAGGCUAUUGAACAGCAAGAUAAAGCUCUAGAAGAAAAGUACAAAACUUGGGGGCAAGAAAGCUUUGAGCAGGAGGAUACAAGUGUGAAACCAAAGGAGACCAUCAUAGACAAAAAGUCUCCAGAAAGGGUCACAGCUGCGGCACAGAAGGAAGAAGCUCUGCUGGAGAAGACCAGAGCUCUGGGGCUGGAAGACAGGCCCGUGCAGGAGGGUAAGGGCCAAGAGCAGGAAGAGGCGCACUGGAAGGAGACUGAUAUGGGCCAGGAGUGGCAAAUACCUCCAAUCCGAGGAGAACCUGUUGGAGAACAGAAAGAUCCCACCCCUGCCUGGGAGGAGACAUCUCCGGAGCAGGAUGUCCAAUCUUGGAGGGGCGGAGAGGAUGUGGCUCUGGAACAAGACCCAUACUGGAGGGGGUUGAGCUGUGAGAGAAAGGUCUGGUUCCCUCAUGAGCUAGACGGCCAAGGGGCUCACACACGGUACCCCGAGGAACGAGAGAGCACCUUCCUCUGUGAAGGACUGGAGGAGCCUGAAGCACCCCCACAACGGCACACACCCCGGAGCCCAUGGGCUUCCGAUUUCAAGGGUUUGCAGGAGCCCUCAGCACAGAAGGGACUGGACGUGGAACGGUGGCUCUCUGAGUCACCCAUCGGGCUGCCCCCAGAGGAUGAGGACAAGUUGACCCGUUCUCCCUUUGAGAUCAUCUCCCCUCCAGCCUCGCCACCUGGGAUGUUGGGGCAGAGGGGUCCUCCUACCCCUGGACAAGAAAGCCCUAGUCCCGAGAUGAAGCCCAUGCCGCCUGCCAGGAAAGAACCUGCCGCUCCCUCCUGGCUGGCUGACAUCCCACCAUGGGUGCCUAAGGACAGACCCCUGCCCCCAGCACCCCUCUCCCCAGCUCCAGCUCCCCCCAUACUUGCUCCAGAGCCUCAUGCGCCUGCACCCUUCCCCUGGGGCACCGCGGAGUAUGACAGUGUGGUGGCUGCUGUGCAGGAGGGUGCUGCUGAGUUGGAAGGUGGGCCGUACUCCCCGCUGGGAAAGGACUACCGCAAGGCUGAAGGGGAAGGGGAAGAUGGAGGUGGGCAUGGGGCUCUUGACAGUAGCCCCUGCGGCUCCAAGGUCCCUGAGGCCAGUGACAGCCAUGCCACAGGGGACACAGCGCAGACUGAGGUGGAGCAGAGAGAGCCCACACCCUACCCUGAGGAGAGGAGCUUCCAGUAUGCAGACAUCUACGAGCAGAUGCUGCUGACCGGCCUUGGCCCUGCAUGCCCCACAAGGGAGCCUCCACUUGGGGCAGCUGGGGACUGGCCCCUGUGCCUCUCAGGCAAGGAGGCCGUGGGCCGAAAGGCACCUGUGGAGAAGGAGCGGUCCUCCCCCGUUUCACCGGAGAGCCUCCAACCUGACACUCCAGUCUUUAGCUAUGCAGCCCUGGCAGGACCUACAGUGCCCCCCAGGCAGGAGCCUGAGAUAGGACCAAGCGUAGAGGACAGCCUCAACCCACCUGCAGUGCCCCCUCGUGCUCCUAUCCCCUUAAGCAAAGGCCCUAGUCUCCCUUCCAGUGGUAGUAUCCUGAGCUGCAGUCCAGAUCGGAGGACCCCCUCCCCCAAAGAGUCGGGCCGGGGUCACUGGGAUGACAACACAAGUGACUCAGAGCUGGAGAAGGGGGCUCGAGAAAAGGCGGAGAAAGAGGCUCAGUCUCCAAGCCCUGCUUCCCUGCUCCCUGGGGGUGCCCCCACACUGUGGCCGGAAACUGAGGCACACACAAGCCCUUCCUUGGACUUGUACCUGGGACCUGCCCGACCAAGCCUGGACUUCCCUGCUUCAGCCUUUGGCUUUUCCUCACUGCAGCCUGCUCCCCACCAGUUGCCCUCCCCAGCCGAGCCCCGUUCAGCGCCCUGUGGCUCGCUUGCCUUCUCUGGGGACCAAGCUCUGGCUCUGGCUCCAGGACCCCCAGCCAGAGCCCGGCAUGAUGAAUAUUUGGAGGUAACCAAGGCCCCCAGCCUGGACUCUUCCCUGCCCCAGCUCCAGUCCCCCAGCUCCCCGGGGGCUCCCCUUCUUUCCAGCCUGCCACGGCCUGCCUCCCCAGUCCUGUCCGAGGGCUCCUCCUCUGAGGCUACCACCCCAGUGAUGUCCAGUGUGGCUGAGCACUUCCCCCCAGGCCUGGGGGCUGCAGAGCACAAGUCUGCAGAGCUGGACCCAGGCAUGGAACCCUCGGCCCCAAGGCUCUGGGACCUCACUCCUCUGAGCUCAGUGCCCCUAGCUCCCCUGGACUCAGCCCCAACUCCAAGCCUUCCCGGAGACAUGGAUGGUGGCAGUGUGCCCUGCCACCUGGAGUGCUCAAGGGACACCGCCAGGAAGCCAAGCCCCUUCCAGGGCCUCUCUGGGGAUCCUGCAGCCAAUGGCCCAACUGAAACCAGCCCUAAUCCCACUGGCCUUGCCAUAGCCAAGACCGAGAAGGAAGAGGCUGGAGUCCGCCCUGCUUGGGAGCAAGGGUCCUGGCCUGAGGGAACCGAGAGAAAUGUCCAGCCUGACACACUGCUCUCCCCUGAACAGCCGUUGGGUCCUGAAGGGGGAUCAGGGGGUCCACCCUGCAGUGUCUCUCCUGAGGCUGAGCCUGGGCCUCAAGGAUGUGCCGCUGAGCCCUGGCCCCACUGUGGGGAGCUCUCGCCAUCCUUCCUGAACCCACCUCUGCCACCAUGCACAGAUGACAGUGACCUUUCCACUGAAGAUGCUGGGCUGGUAGGAAGAGGGGGGCACCACCGCAUUGGGGGCCCAGGGGCCAUGGGGGGCCCAUGUCCUAUGGCUGAUGAGACUCCCCCGACAUCAGCCAGUGACUCGGGCUCCUCACAGUCAGAUUCUGAUGUCCCACCAGAGACUGAGGAGUGUCCGUCCAUCACAGCAGAGGCAGCCCUUGACUCUGAUGAAGAUGGGGACUUCCUACCCGUGGACAAAGCUGGGGGGGUCAGUGGAACUCACCAUCCCAGGCCUGGUCACGACCCACACCCCAUCCCUCAGCCGGACCCUCACCCAGCCCCUCCCCGCCCUGAUGUGUGCAUGGCCGACCCUGAGGGACUCAGCUCAGAGUCUGGGAGGGCAGAGAGGCUACGGGACAAGGAGAAGGUGCAGGGGCGAGUGGGCCGCAGGACCCUGGGCCGGGCCAAGCCAGCAUCCCCUGCGCGGCGUCUGGAUCUUCGGGGAAAACGCUCUCCCACUCCUGGUAAAGGGCCUGUGGAUCGAGCAUCCCGGGCCCCACCCCGGCCACGCAGCACCGUGAGCCAGGCCACCCCAACAGAGGAAAAGGAUGGACACAGCUCAGUGUCUAAAGGCCCCAUCAAUGGACCCAAGGCAGGACCCAUGGCCUUGGGGUCCAAGGGUGGCUCUGGCCCCCCUGUUUACGUGGACCUCGCCUACAUCCCGAAUCACUGUAGCGGUAAGACUGCUGACCCCGACUUCUUCCGCCGUGUGCGCGCGUCCUAUUACGUGGUCAGUGGGGACGACCCCACCAAUGGCGAGCCAAGCCGCACAGUGCUGGAUGCCCUGCUGGAGGGCAAGGCCCAGUGGGGGGAGAAUCUCCAGGUGACGCUGAUCCCUACGCAUGACACGGAGGUGACCCGUGAGUGGUACCAGCAGACUCACGAGCAGCAGCAGCAGCUGAAUGUCUUGGUCUUGGCUAGCAGCAGCACUGUGGUUAUGCAGGAUGAGUCCUUCCCAGCCUGCAAGAUCGAGUUCUGAAAGAACCACCCUCCCCGAGGAUCCACUCCCCCAGCUCCUUUAGAAAAUGGCUACAGCUGUGUCCUCCGGGGUUAAGGGAGGUGGAGCUAGGAUGGGGGGAUGUCUGGUUGCGGGGACUUGGGCUGAGCUAAAUGGGAGGUACUGUCCUGCCCUCAUCUACCCCGAGAGGGGUCUCAAAACCAAAAAUAGUAAGGGAGAGGACAAAGGAAGGUCCUAAUUGAAGCUAGGAGGGCAUUCGAUGCCCGAGGAUGCCAAGUGAUGCCCUGUGCAGCACUGUCGGGUGCUGGCAUUGGAUGGGGCAUGAGGAUGGGUCUCAGAGCAGCCUCCUCUUGUGGAAGGAGACUGUACCCCCAACCCCAGGGACCUCCUUAUCUCUAUUUAACAUCCCAGGAAGGAUUCCUGAUAGUAAUUUGUGACCUGGGGGUGGGAUACUAUCAGUAAGGUACCCAGAGCUGCACUGUUCCCUCCACCUCCCAUCUCCUUAGCCACCGCUGCUACACUGUCCUUCGCUUCCCUCAGUAUCUGAAUGUCUCAAUCCAAAACUUGAAGCUCUUCAGACCAACAGACUGGUGAGCAGAGAAAGGAACCCGUCUCCCAGCCCUGUUUCACACCAUCCACACCGUAGGGCUGUGCCCAGAACAGGUCUCCUGGGCAGCACAAAAGGGCAAGGAGAGUCCCAGCCCCAAUCCCAGGAUUCUUCCAAGCUCCCUAACCCUUUGAAGUUUUCACCUACCCCAUUUUAAUGGUCCCAAUCCCUUCUCAUCCCCUGCUUGGCUUCUCUGCAUGUGAUCAUCUGCUGUGGCCUGGUGUGUAAUGGGUUAAAAAUAAGCCACUGCCUGACAUCUCAACAUCGGACACCCCAGCCAUGUGUGAUUCCCCCAACCUUCUACUGUGUCAUCCUGCAGCUGAAAUGGGAAUGCUGGCUGCCUCUCCAAACCUAAACUCUUGGACAGAGGACCUGGGAGGUAGAGGCCAGGCCAGAGGACUUGGGGAAAAUGAGAGGGAAGAAGAGGGAGAUGAAGCUGAGCUAAAACUUUAUGCCUACAACGUGAUGUGGAAGCAGGCUGAAGAUUCCACCCCAGGAGAGGACUUGCCCCCAGCCAGUGAGUGAGCUGCCCUGACUGAGAAGCCUAGGCACCAGUAGUUGCCGGGCUCACCUCUGUGGAAUAACUGGGCCACCAAACCGAGCCCACCUUUUGUCCUUCCUAGCUUUCCCUCUCUGUGCUGCAGUGCUCUGCUUCUCCCUACACAUCCCUGCUAUUGUUCCCAGCUGCUGUGACAGAGCUGCUGAGUCAAACAAUAAACCAAGUUCAUUGCAGAUGGUGUGGU